UAAAACUUUAGAAGGACUCAAACGACACGACCACCUAAAAAAAUCUUAAUAUCCGUAAAACUCACAACAUUUGGCAACAGACUUUUCAUUUAAAGAGACACGGCCACUGCGAUCGAUCCGGGCAGACCUUUGAUCUAUUACUCAUGACCGUAACCCCACAUUUGCAAAAAACAGCAACUUUUGCCGAAAAAACAUCCUUAACAACAUGAAGGCAGGAUAAUAUAACUAAAAACCACGAAAUUAUUUUACGCAGGCCACGAUUUAUUCCGUAAACAGGCUCGGUUGGUGGCCUUUGACAAAAGAUAAAGUGAGGUUAGCAUUCCAGCUAACAACAACAACAGCAAGUAACUGAAAAAGUGUUUUUAUAGUGAAAUAUCUAAUAAAAAUGUAUAACUUGAUAAAAACGGGCACUUCAAGACUAUUCCCAUCUGGUUUAAACAAAAUUCCGAAAGUGACAACCGCGUGGCUCCGAGAAAUAACCACAGAAAACAAAUUUAAAAUUAAGGAUGAAUUUGAGGGCAGGCCACUCUACCUGGACGCCCAAGCAACGACGCCCCUUGACCCGCGAGUUUUGGAUGAAAUGAUGCCCUAUUUGACCUCGUAUUACGGCAACCCGCAUUCGAGAACCCAUGCGUAUGGUUGGGAGUCGGAGGCAGCAGUGGAAAAGGCCAGAUUGCAGGUAGCGAAUUUAAUCGCGGCAGACCCAAAGGAAAUUAUUUUCACCUCGGGCGCAACUGAAAGCAACAAUAUUGCGGUUAAGGGAGUAGCAAGGUUCUACGCCGCAAAAAAGAAACACAUUAUUACCACUCAAACCGAACACAAGUGCGUACUGGAUUCCUGCAGAGCACUGGAAGCGGAAGGCUUCAAAGUUACUUAUUUACCAGUGAAUACUAAUGGUUUAAUUUCGCUGGAAGAACUCGACAAAGCAAUAACACCCGACACCUCAUUGGUCUCCAUAAUGACGGUGAAUAACGAAAUAGGAGUGAAGCAACCAAUUGGAGAGAUUGGACGACUGUGCAGAUCCAAGAAAGUGUUUUUCCACACUGAUGCCGCACAAGCCGCUGGAAAAGUUCCGCUCAACGUCCAGGACAUGAACAUCGAUUUGAUGUCAAUCAGUGGGCAUAAAGUGUAUGGGCCAAAAGGGAUUGGGGCAAUUUACGUGAGGAGGCGACCGAGAGUGAGGGUGGAGGCCAUUCAAAGCGGCGGAGGACAAGAGCGUGGAAUUCGCAGUGGAACUGUACCCACCCCUUUAGCAGUGGGUUUGGGACGAGCGUGUGAAAUCUCGCAGGACGAUAUGGAGUAUGACCACGCAAGAAUCACCCGACUGAGCCAGAGGCUUAUGAAUGUAAUUUUCUCCGAAUUAUCGCAUGUAAUUAGGAAUGGAGAUCCUGUACAUACGUAUCCAGGCUGUAUCAACUUGUCCUUUGCCUAUGUGGAAGGCGAAUCGCUGCUGAUGGCUUUAAAAGAUGUGGCCCUGUCCAGUGGAUCCGCAUGCACUUCAGCAUCCCUCGAACCCUCGUAUGUACUAAGAGCAAUUGGGACUGACGAAGAUUUGGCGCAUAGCUCUAUACGGUUUGGAAUCGGCCGAUUUACAACCGAAGAGGAAGUCGAUUAUACAGCAAGGAAAUGUAUCGAUCAUGUGACGAGACUGAGGGAGAUGAGUCCGCUGUGGGAAAUGGUUCAAGAAGGAAUCGAUUUGAAAUCGAUCCAAUGGUCCCAGCAUUGAGCUGAUGAGACUCUGAUGGACUCGAAUUGUGUGUGAUUAUUGGAAAUUGAGUUUUAAUAAAGCGAUGCACAAGA